UAUAAAUGCAGCAUUCAAUACAACAGCAAAGCCACCAGUGUCUAGCAUUUCUGCAGCAAUGGUAUCUAAAAGAGUCAGUUUGAUUCUAGUCUUAGUCUGCUCUGUUCUAGCUACUGUUCUAUCAGAAGAAUCAAGCUUAGAAGUUCAGAUUGAAGCCUUGAAGGCUUUUAACAAUUCCAUCACAGAUGACCCUCUUGGAGCGCUUGCAGAUUGGACGCCCAGGAUCCACCACUGCAAUUGGUCUGGUAUUGCUUGUGACCCUUUAUCAAAUGUCAUUUCCAUUUCUCUGGUUGAUAAGCAGCUCAAAGGUGUAAUUACACCAUUUCUUGGAAACCUUUCAAGCCUCCAGGCUCUUGAUUUAACUUUGAACUCGUUCACCGGCCGCAUUCCAGCUCAGCUGGGACUUUGCUCUCAGCUCUCUGAGCUGACUCUCUUUGAAAAUUCUCUUUCAGGUCCAAUUCCAACAGAACUAGGAAACCUCAAAAAUCUGCAGUCAGUAGAUUUAGGUGAUAACUAUUUAAAUGGAAGCAUCCCUGAAAGCAUUUGCAACUGCACAUCAUUGUUAGCAUUUGGUGUCAUUUAUAACAAUCUCACAGGCACAAUCCCAUCAAACAUAGGCAAUUUAGCUAACCUUCAACUUUUUGUUUUGUAUGGGAACAAUUUGGUAGGUUCUAUACCUGUGUCCAUUGGGAGGUUGGAAUCUUUGCAAGCUUUACAACUAAGCCAAAACCAACUCUCUGGAGCAAUACCUCGACAGAUAGGGAACUUGUCAAAUUUAGAGUAUCUUAUCUUGUAUGAGAAUUCGCUAGUUGGGAGAAUACCCUCUGAACUAGGUCGCUGUAACAAGCUUGUAUAUCUUGAACUAAACAACAAUCAGUUCGCUGGAAGCAUUCCCAUUGAGCUUGGAAACUUAGUUCACCUAGAAAAGUUGCAGUUGUACAAGAAUAGGUUAAAUUCUACCAUUCCCGCCGCCUUGUUCCAAUUGAAAUCAUUAACCCAUCUAGGACUUUCACAGAAUGAGUUAACUGGAACAGUACCCUCUGAGCUAGGAUCACUGAGAUCAUUAGAAGCUUUGACCCUAGACUCAAAUAAGUUCACUGGGGAGAUUCCUUCGUCCUUGACAGACUUGACGAAUCUAACAUUGUUGUCCAUGAGUGUCAAUUUCCUCACGGGGAAGCUUCCAUCAGAUAUUGGAUCCCUUUACAAACUGAAGAACCUAACCAUGCACACCAACCUUCUAGAGGGAUCCAUUCCAGCUAGCAUCACCAAUUGCACCCAUCUUCUGAUCAUAAGCUUAUCUUUGAACAGAUUAACAGGCAAAAUUCCUCAGGGUUUGGGGCAGUUGCGAAAUCUUACUUUCAUAUCUCUUUCAUCCAAUAAACUUUUAGGAGAAAUCCCAGACGACCUCUUCAAUUGCUCGAAUCUUCGUACUUUAGAUUUGUCGCGGAACAAUUUUAGUGGAGUGCUGAAGCCUGGUAUUGGCAAACUUUCCAGUCUCCACAUUUUGCGAGCCCAUACAAAUUCAUUCGUAGGGUCAAUCCCACCUGAGAUUGGCAAUUUGAGUCAACUUAUCUCCUUAUCACUUGGAGACAAUAGUCUUUCAGGCCUUGUUCCAUCAGAAUUGUCUAAACUUUCUCUACUCCAAGGGCUGUACCUGAAUGGCAAUGCUCUAGAGGGUGCAAUACCUGAGGAAGUAUUUGAACUGAAACAGCUAAGCGAGCUCGCGUUGCAACACAACAGGUUCGAGGGUCCAAUUCCAGAUGGAGUUUCAAAACUCGAGCAGCUUUCAUAUUUAGACCUCCAUGGUAACAUGCUUAACGGGUCCAUUACAAGAAACAUGGAGCAUCUUAUUAAGCUGAUGACCUUGGAUCUCUCCCACAACCAUCUCACGGGAUCAAUUCCUGCAUCCGUGGUCGCAAGUAUGAAAAGCAUGCAGAUAUAUCUGAACUUCUCAUACAAUUUCUUGGCUGGAACUAUUCCAGAUGAGCUUGGCACGUUGCAAAUGGUACAGGCCAUUGACAUCUCAAACAAUAAUCUUUCGGGGAUCAUUCCCGAAACGCUUGGUGGCUGCAGAAAUUUGGUCUCUCUUGAUCUGUCAGGGAAUAAUUUAGAUGGUGGGCUCCCUGAAGAACUAGCAAGUCUGAAGCAGCUUAUCUCCCUUGACCUUUCUCAGAAUCAGUUGAAGGGCAUUAUCCCUGAGAGCUUUUCCAAUCUUUCUACCUUGAAACAUCUCAACCUUUCUUUCAAUCAUCUUGAAGGGCAUGUUCCAGAGUCGGGCAUAUUUAGACACAUGAACUCAUCUAAUUUGAUGGGCAACCCAGAUCUCUGUGGAAUUGAAUUCCUCAGGUCCUGCAGCAAGACGAGUUCACACCGGCUAUCCAAGAAGACCAUUUUAAUUCUUCUGGUACUUGGAUCUAUUUUUGUACUUCUAUUGCUAGUGAUAGCAAGUAUAAUCCUCAACCGGCGCACCCAGUUACGUAAAUCAGAAGGGGUUGAGCAUCCUGAAUCAGAUUACACUCCAGCAUUGACCCUCAAGAGGUUUGAACCGAACGAAUUAGAAAAUGCUACAGGUUUCUUCAGCGAAAACAACGUUAUCGGUGCCAGCAGUUUGAGCACUGUGUACAAAGGCCUACUGGAAGAUGGGCGGACCAUAGCUGUAAAAAAGUUGAAUUUGCAGCAGUUCUCUGAAGAAUCUGAUAAGUGCUUUAAUAGAGAGAUCAACACCCUGAGACAACUGAGGCAUAGGAAUUUGGUGAAGGUUCUUGGCUAUGCUUGGGAGAGUAGAAAACUGAAGGCUUUAGUUCUGGAAUACAUGGAGAAUGGGAACUUGGAUAGCAUUAUACAUGACCCUGAGGUGGACAAGUCAAGGUGGACAUUAUCUGAGAGACUCAAAGUUUUCAUUUCCAUUGCAAAUGGGUUGGAGUACUUGCAUUCUGGUUAUGGUUUCCCCAUCGUUCAUUGUGACAUGAAGCCUUCUAACAUCCUUCUGGAUGAAGACUGGGUGGCUCAUGUGAGCGACUUUGGAACAGCUCGAAUACUUGGUGUUCAUCUCCAAGAUGAAAGUAGCCUUUCGGCAUCAUCAGCAUUUGAAGGCACUAUUGGCUACUUGGCACCAGAGUUUGCGUACAUGACGAAAAUUACAACAAAAGUAGACAUAUUCAGCUUUGGUAUAAUAGUCAUGGAGUUUCUAACAAAACGAAGGCCAACGGGACUCACAGAUCAAAAGGAUGGGUUGCCUAUCAGUUUGCAUCAACUUGUGGAGAAAGCUCUUGCAAAUGGAACGAACGGUCUUCCUCAAAUUCUGGACCCUAUGCUGGUGCUGAAUAUCUCCAAGAAGCAUGAAGAAGUAUUGGAAGAGCUACUAAAACUAGCAUUGUUUUGCAGCCACCCAAAUCCUGAGGAUCGACCCGACAUAGAUGAAGUGUCGUCUGUCCUUUUGAAGCUAAGCAAGCGUAUAUAGUACCAAACUCUAUCCUAUUUUCCCCACUGAAGAUUAUGGCAAUGAGUUAUAACCAUACUUUGAUGCUGUCAUUGAGAAAGAAAAAAGUCUGCAGACUAAAUUGAUCGUGGGCCAGUGUGCCUAUAUUGGCAUCAUAGCUUGAUCUAUGAAAUAGUUUAUUUUGUUGGAAACCUUGAAGUUUGGUUGGCAGUGACAAUCAACUUCUCACUUACUGUUUUUCCAUUUCGUUUUACAAAGUUUUUGGUGCAUCAA